UUUAAAGUGUUUGAAUUCAUACAAACGCGUGCAAUCUAUUUUAUAGUGUUUACUUGUGAUGUAAAGUUGAUAAUCAUCGAGCGUAACAUUGUAAUAUUUUAUCUAAUAUUAAAGCAGGUUGUUUUGUGAGCAAAGCGCAUCCACACAUUAGUAACAUUCGAGGUGCGUCUGAUCUCGCUCUCUGUGUGAAGUUAGCGAUCUUCAAAGCUCCGAGUCAAUUGAAUCGGUUCUUCACAAAUGAUUCAGUGUUUUGAAUCGCCGCUCGCUGAAGAGACAUUGCUGUUCGAUACUAAACACAACGAGAACAAACACAAACAUGUGAUGACAACUUUACCAACUGCUGGUGUGGUGUAAUGGCAAGCUUAAAUGUGCUGACUACUGAACUAGAGCUGAUUGAGACACACCCAGAGAUUUCUUUUUCCCUGUUAAUUAUUCAAAUCUUAAACCGGCAAGUAUAUCCAAACUCACAGGAAAAACUCCUGCUGAAGUAACUGAGAUCCACGUGACUUGAUUAUAAAGAUGGAGAUUAUUAAAGAGGAGAGUGAAGACGUGAAGAUUGAAGAAACAUUGAGAGUCGAAAAUGAAGAAACUGAGGAACAAAAAAAGAUGGAGAUUAUUAAAGAGGAGAGUGAAGAAACAUUCACAGUCAAACAUGAACAAACAGAUCUGAUGGCACUGAAAGAGGAGAGUGAAGAACUGAAUGAAAUGAAAGAGAUAGAUCAUGAUUUAAAAAAUGAAGAAACAUCUUUUACUUGUUUACAGACUGAAAAGAUUUCUAGAAAAAGGUCUAAAAACAGAGGACGAAAACAUUAUUUCAUCUGCGAAACAUGUGGAAGAAGUUUCAUUAAAAAAGAAAGCCUUAACAGACACAUGAGGGUUCACAUUGGAGAGAAGCCUCACACCUGCUCUCGGUGUAGAAAGAGUUUUGAUCAACAUGAAAACCUUGAAGUCCACAUGAGAACUCAUAGAAAGAAACUCUACAAUUGCUCUGAGUGUGGAAAGAGUUUCGGUCAAAAACGACACUUUGAAGGUCACAUGAGAAUUCACUCUGAAAGGCAAUCCUACACAUGCCCUCAGUGUGGAAAGAGUUUUAAUCAUAAAGGACGUUUUGAACACCACAUAAGAACUCACACUGGAGAGAAGCCUUUCACCUGCCAACAAUGUGGAAGAAGUUUCAGCCAAAAAGGAAACCUUGACAGGCACAUGAGUGUUCACACUGGAGAAAAGCCUUACAUCUGCCUACAGUGUGGAAGAGAUUUCAACCGCAAAGAAAACCUCAACUCCCACAUGAGCAUUCACACUAGAAAGAGUCUUUUCACCUGCCAACAGUGUAGAGUAAGUUUCACUCAAAAAGAAGGCUUUAACAGACACAUGAAAAUUCACAAUGUAGAGCAGCUUUACACAUGCAAACAGUGUGGAGAAAGUUUUGAUCAACAUGGAAACCUUGAAGUCCACAUGGAAACUCAUAGAGAGAAACCCUACACAUGCUUUGAGUGUGGAAAGAGUUUCUGUCAAAAACAACAGUUUGAAUACCACUUGAGAACUCAUACUGGAGAGAAACCCUACACAUGCCCUCAGUGCGGAAAAGGUUUCAAUCAUAAACCACACUUGGAAAGCCACAAAAUGAUUCACACUGGAGAGAAACCUUUCACCUGCCAACAAUGUGGAAGAAGUUUCAGCCAAAAAGGAUCCCUUAACAAGCACAUAAUGCGACACACUGACGAGAAACCGUUUAAAUGUGGACACUGUGGAAAGAGUUUUAAAAAUAAAACAGCAUUUACACACCAUAUGAGUUUUCACAUUUGAAAAUAGCUGAGCAGUGGAUCUGGGUUUGUUUACACCUGUAUUUAAAAUGUGUUUUGGUUGAUGGGAUCACAAAUAGACUGUUCAUGUCUCUUUUGUCUACUUCUGUCCACCUUUUGUCAAGGGGAGGAGGGUAAAGGCUUGGGAUCUUUAACAUCUUGUGUAGCAAAUUAACUCAAUUUAUGAUUAAUUAUAACUGGUUAUAAUUAAUAAUGAAUAUUUAGAUUAGAUCUUAAAAUUAACUGUAGCCGUAUUGAUGUUACAAUUAUUUGAUCUGUCCGUCCAGUGAGCAGUCACUGUUAGUGGUCGAACCGAUAUAUCGGCCAAUAAGUUCUUCUGCUUGGCCGAUGUGUUUGAGGUGGGACUUUUAUUUUGACAGCACUAUGAGCGAUAGCACCCGAGGCACACACCGCUCACACUCUCCCUCUUUUACUGUUGUUAACAGUUCUGUGUAAUAUGAUUAGAAGUCUGUCUAAUAAUCAGAUUGAACGGUUAAACGAAGGAAUUAAUGUAUACAGUAAGUAUUAUAACAAUUGCUUUUAUAUUAGGCCUAUUAGUAAUAGAAAGGCUAACAAUAUAAUACUUUCUGGUUUGCCGUCAGCAUUAAGCAAAUAUGCAUUUAUAUAAUUAAAACAAACCUUUGAGUGAAUAAUGAACAUUUAAUUUCAUAAACUUAGUUGAAUUCAGCUGUGAGAUCUUGUGAAGUGUGUAUCCAACAUGAUAAUGUGUUCUCUGCGUGACGGUCGAUCCGUGUGAAUUAAAUGAUUUAAACUUUACACUCCUGAUUUCAAAUUAUGCUGCACUUUGCCCACUGCCAUAUUCAUGUCAUUUACACUGUGUGCUGUAUGUAAAAUGAGGGUUAUCC